CGGGUGGACAUCGGGCAGUGGGUCCAGGUCGGCCUCAUUCGACACGACAACCUGUUCACCCUGCAGCUGGAGCAAGGCGGGGGCUCCCGGGAGGUCCAGGCCCGGCUGGGGACCCGCAGGGAGAUCGUGGUCCACCCGGCCAGCGUGAUGGUCGGGAACACGCCGAACGCCGGAGACAAGGCCGACUUUCAGGGCUGCCUGAGGGACGUUCGUUUUAACGGUCAGGUCCUCCCUCUGGACGGUCAGAGCCGGGACUUGGUGACGGUGCUGGAGAGGCGGGGCGUCACCUCGGGGUGCUCCAGCAGCGCCUGCAGCAGCCAACCGUGCCGCAGCCCUCUGCGCUGCAUCGACCUGUGGAGGCAGCACCAGUGCAGGUGUCCGGGCAGCCAGGUGACGGUGACGGACGACUCCGGCGAGCAGCGCUGCGUGCCGUCGCCCUGCGGACCGUCCUCCUGCCGUAACGGCGGCGUCUGCCAGGCGCUGUCGCCCGACAGCUACCGCUGCCGCUGUCAGGAGGGUUUCAGGGGUCAGCGCUGCGAGCUGGGGCAGGUCAAAGGUCACAGAAUGGCCGCCCUCAGCCCCAGCUCCAUCCUCGCCAUCAGCAUGUGUCUGCUGGUCUUCUUCGCGGUGCUGGUGGCGGUGACGGUGUGGAACCAGAAAGGCAGCCGUAACAAGUUCAGGAAGCGAGGAGUUUAUCACAUCCCCGCUGAACACGAGAGCUGGGAGGACAUCCGAGAAAACAUCCUCAACUACAACGAGGAGGGAGGAGGGGAGCAGGACCAGAACGGGUAUGACAUCACCGAGCUGAAGCGCCCGCUCUGCUCCAGUUUAUCUCAGUCCUCGUCCUGCACCACGGCGCCCCUCAUCAAGUCCUCCCCGGGCUCCCAGGAGGAGGUGCACCCGUCCAGCUCCUCCUGCAGCUCCGGCGCUCCCUACCUCAGCAUCCCUCACCACCAUCAUCACCACCAUCAGCACGCCAACAACAACAACUACACCGGGGACGCCACCUACUCCAACUACAGCGCUCCUUCCACGCGGGACGGCGAGAUGAGCGAAGCGGGAGGAUACGUGGAGGUGUUGUCGGCGGUGACGGCGGCGUCUCGUUCUCAUGUGGACUUUAAAAGCUACGUGGCGAGGAUCAUCUGGGAGGCGGACAACGACAGCGAGGCGUACCCGCUGGACGCGUACCACGUGUGGUGCGUGGAGGGAGCGGGGUCGUCUGUAGGAAGUCUCAGCUCGCUGGGCUCGGGGGCUUCGUGCAGGAACGUUAGCUCCGCCCCCUGCGAGGAGGAAGAGGAGGAGGAGGAGGAUGAAGGGGGGUUUGUGUACAACAGGCUGUCGCAGUGGGGACCGAAGUUUCACGCUCUGAGCGAGAUGUACGACCGGCCGCAGCUCGCCCUCACGUACAGAGACGCAGUCGCUUACAUCCAGAGGAGCCACAGCCAAGACCCGCUGCCUCAGCACCACUAGAGGGCGCCACAGCCAAGACCCGCUCCCUCAGCAACACUAGAGGGCGCCACAGCCACGACCUGCAGCCUCAGCAACACUAGAGGGCUCCACAGCCAUGACCUGCAGCCUCAGCAACACUAGAGGGCGCCACAGCCACGACCCGCUCCCUCAGCAACACUAGAGGGCGCCACAGCCACGACCUGCAGCCUCAGCACCACUAGAGGGCGCCACAGCCACGACCCGCUCCCUCAGCAACACUAGAGGGCGCCACAGCCACGACCCGCUGCCUCAGCACCACUAGAGGGCGCCACAGCCACGACCCGCUCCCUCAGCAACACUAGAGGGCGCCACAGCCACGACCCGCUCCCUCAGCACCACUAGAGGGCGCCACAGCCACGACCCGCUCCCUCAGCACCACUAGAGGGCGCCACAGCCAAGACCCGCUGCCUCAGCAACACUAGAGGGCGCCACAGCCAAGACCCGCUCCCUCAGCAACACUAGAGGGCGCCACAGCCACGACCCGCUGCCUCAGCACCACUAGAGGGCGCCACAGCCAAGAUCCGCUGCCUCAGCAACACUAGAGGGCGCCACAGCCAAGACCCGCUCCCUCAGCAACACUAGAGGGCGCCACAGCCACGACCUGCAGCCUCAGCACCACUACAGGGCGCCACAGCCACGACCCACAGCCUCAGCACCACUACAGGGCGCCACAGCCAAGACCUGCAGCCUCAGCACCACUAGAGGGCGCCACACAGCAACAACCCCAUCAACACAGUGAUACAGACAGAGAGGGAGGCAGCGCUGCGUUCACGUCCCGUCAGAAACUUAACGAAAAAGGGAACUCAAUCGAGACAGGAAGUGUUCAGUCGCUUGGUCGUGUCAUUUUUUAUUAUCAACACACAAAAAGUUAAAUAACAAUAAAUAUUAACGAAGGAAUAAAAUAACAAACGACAACAGAAACACAAAAGUCCUUUUGAGACAGGCAGCGGCAAAACGCGUCUCCUUUGUUCCCUUUAAGUUACUACUUGAACGCUUAGCAUUUCCUGUUCACGACUUUACAACUUUACGACUUUACAACUUUACGACUUUACAACUUUACGACUUUACGA